GUCUGUAUUGAUGUUCGUGCAAAUCUCAGUGCAUGAAGCGCAAUACAUCUUCACUAAAAGUAUUUUAGUUAUUGGAGAUGAGUUACUCAUACAUGUGUUUUGUAAGGUGGGUUUCAGAAAUGCUGAACAAGUUCCGCCUUGCCUGCCAUUCUGAGAACGUAGCCUCAAAGCUCAGCUAGAGUCGACGUCCGGCUAAAAUUAGGCCUGUCUGUGUUGACAUUCGUGCGAAUUGCGGUGCAUGAAGCGUGACCAUCAAUCACUAAUGAAAAGUAUUUAAUGUAAGUGAUCAACAUUUUGUUAUUUUGACUAAAAGCAGUCGUCGAGAGUGUUUGGAAAUCUGGAGUUCAAGAGUCUCAAUUCGUCUGAAACUUUCACAGUAGUAUGGCGGUUAUCAUACGGAAGUCUUGGGUGUUCCAGAGUGCCAGGGCGCUAGGAACUCUUUACGGAAACAAGUCAUUGCGUCACCAUGAUGGCACUCCGGCUCUAAAGAGGAAAAUGAGCAGUGGAGAACAGAGUAAACUUGAAGCUCUUGUGACGUUUGGGGAAUCCAAGCGCACUAUACGCUAUGAGAAGGGUGACGAUUUGAAAACGUUCCGUCAUCAUUUCCUGCGGACUUUCUCUGAUAUUCUAUCAGAAGAUGUUGCCCCAGGGGAUGUUAAAUUUCAGAAAUUUGAUGGCAACUUCAAUGAAUAUGUAGAAGUCAAAAACGACACAGGGCUGAAAGAAAAUGACAAGCUGAAAGCCAUAGUCAUCUCAAAUGAUGGGAGGAAGGUUGAGUCUCGGUGUGCAGAUGUUUAUCAUAUGACUUGGUAUCCCGUAUCAACACACUUACCCCUUGAAUUUAAGCCUCAUCCCAUCCAGCCGCACGUACAUUACCAAUUUUGGAACCCAGUCUGUAACGGUUUAAUUCAAAUGGAUCCAUCGACUCCAAUACCCAUUGUAACAGGAAAGGGUACCAUUGGUAACAGCCCACACACGGUUGUACAAGCCGAAGACUUUGGUCAUGACUUAUUCUAUUUGUAUUUCACUGAUGGUCACUCGAAAAUGUACAUUACAUCACAGGGUGAAGGAGAGCCCAUCGUUGCAGUGGAGACUCCAACUCCAACAGAUCAUUCAAUAUUUAAAGUGGAGUACUACUGGAGCUACACACUUUUUAAGAGCGUGGCACUGGGGAACAACAAUCUGUACCUCGGCUGUGACAAAGACCAAAAUGCCACCCUGGUGCGCAUGCCCAGGGUCGCAUAUCCAGAUCCAAGGGCUCUGUUCACCGUCACCCAGAGAUGAUCUUCAAAAUUAACCACGAACGACUACGUUUAUUUUGUUUAACCAUGCUAACCGCUCCGAUUUAAGUUAUAGCAAGUCUAUUCUAAGCGUAAAAAGUAUCAAAACCCAAUGGCAACUGUACUUGAAAAUGAGAGUUGUGAGUAACAUUCAUAUCAGUGUUUUUUUAAGGAGGUAAGAGGCC